GGUUCGCAUAAUGUCUUUUUUAUUUUAAGCUACUAUUUAUCUAAAUAUGCGAAUCAUUUUUGCUUGUAUAUUAAUAUUAAUUUGUCACGUAACUUAUUAAACUUUAACAUCUAUCUACAAAUAAUAAAAUUUCAACGACCAUAUUUAAUCCUUUGAGAGACUUUAUCAGUUUCUGCAUCAAAGCACAACAACCUGGAACUGAUGCAGAGAUGAUUAUGAAUGAUCGGGAUAAGAAGCCUGGCAGGAACCAUCGUUAUUUGUAAAAUGUCUCAGGUAUCAAGCGGAGCGUUCAGUUUCUGUUCGAAAGGCUAAAGAACGUUCUUCUGUCGGGAUUCGUUUGGUCACCCUGAGAAACCCAAAAUAUGAUGUCUGAGAGUGAUGUGCAGGUUCUGCUGUCUGGAUCUGAACCUGAUCUACAGUCUAUGCUUACGCGCUUUAGUGUAGAGAAUGACAAGGUAUUCGCAUUUCCAGACCUGAAACCUGAUGUGAAAGAGAAAUGUGUGAAUGGAUUAUUGAUGCGACUGGAUCAGAAUCUUUUGCCUGCCACCAUAGUCAGCUGCCUGCAGGCUUUUCGCAUCUUCACAAGGGAGAAAAUGCACAUGGAAUCACUGGUUUCUGAACGUGCAUUACGCCUUCUUAUAAGAUUAGCAGGAAUUGAAUACUACGCAUCUGAACAUGGCGACACUGUCACAAUGCAGAAUGGAAACCAGGAUGUGAUGGUAGAAGCACAAAAGUGUCUUUGUAAUCUCAUCUUCAACUCUACAGUAGCACAGCAGUUCUGUUGCAAAUGUGGCUGUGUUGAGGGUGUCGUACAGAGACUGAAGACUUACGGUGAUCCAGACCUCAAAUUUCAAAUAAAGUUUUUCGACAUGAGAAUUUUAUUCCUUUUAACAGCUUUACCCACCUGUAUGGAAAUUAGGCCACGUGUGCGGUAUGAACUUCAUGGGUUUACAUAUUUGAUGGAAGUACUUGACCUCACUCUUCGUGGCUGCGAAGAAAGAUCAAUUGCACUAUCUGAUGAGGAGGUUGAUCUGUGCAGCGAAAUCCUAAAGAUCCUUUUUAAUAUAACUGUAGCACUUGAAAAGAAGUCAGCAGAUGAAGAAGAGGAUGCACAUUUUAUGCGUCUUGUCAGCAUCCUUCGGGAUCUCCUUCUCUGUAGGACAGCUACCAAAGAGAAGAAGUAUGAAAUCAGAAGUCACACUGUGAACCUGCUCAUCAAUAUUCCAACAGACUUUUAUGAAGAACUUCUAACUCCUCUUAAUGAAAGUGAUGUGCAUGGUAUUGAGAACAAGGACAUUGAGUAUGAUGGCAAGAAUAUGGAGGCUAUUAUAUCCUUGCUGGAUUUUCUGCAAUAUCGCCUGGAAACCUCUAAGAAAAGUGUGAAAGAAAACCUGACACCCAUUCUGCAUUGUCUGGUAGAGGCCAGUCGGCACAACUGCUCCAUUCGCAAAUUUUGCAGAAUCAAGGUGUUGCCUCCUCUGAGAAGUGAGGUGUGCAUGCUCCCAGAAGAAGGAACAACACUUCGUAAUAGAUUAUGUAAACUGCUGACUUCCCCUAUAACAGAGGUCAAGGAUUUGGCUGCUCACUUCUUGUUUGUUUUGUGCAAAGAAAACGUCUCACGGAUGAUUAAGUACACAGGAUAUGGUAACUGCUCUGGACUAUUGGCUCAGCUGGGACUGCUUCGGCUGAAUGAGUCUUAUAACAAAGGGGAGUACUCCAGUGACUCUGAAGACUCAGACACGGAAGAAUACACAGAGCUGAAAGACAAGGUAAACCCUGUCACUGGGCGAUGGGAAGAAGAUAAACCCAAUCCUUUGGAGGGUAUGUCUGAGGAGCAGAAGGAGUAUGAAGCAGAACAGCUCCUGCAGACAAUGGACAAGCUGCAGAAACAAGGUAUUAUCCAACCUUGCCGUGUUGGCGAAGAUGGGAAGCCACAUCCAGUUGAGCAUGUUCUGGAACUGCUUGGCUCCCCAGCCACGGAGCCCUCAUGCACACAUGAUUCAGAUUCCAACUAGACAAAGUUGUGCUCGCAGUCUGUACACUGUUGUCUUGCUUGGUCCACUCUUCUAUGUCUCCGCUUUGCAGAACUUGCUUUGGCCUACGAAAAAAGGCUGUUGGGGCGGGGGGGAGGGAGGCAGAACUGAGAGGUGGUACUCUGCUCAACUAACAAGUUUGAUGGGGUAUUUGCAUUACAAGCAUACAGUGUAUUCCAUACAUCAGUACAGUUAUGUGUUUCAUGCUUGAGUGCUUGCCUUGCAAGGCUUAUCAGACAGUUGUUUGAGAGGAAGACUCCCUGUAGUAAGAUUCUGAAAUAUUUUGUUCUUGUUCAAGGUGAACCAUUAAACAGAGGAAAGAGAUUGUCUGCUGAGACAAAGACAGGACAGGGAUGUUUUCAGGGUAUAAAGUACCUGACAUUUCAAGCAUAUCUUGCACGAGUCUGACAUUACUUGAGUGGGUGACACUUACAACCCAUGCAGCCACAAUGUUCACACAUAUUUUAUUUUGUAAAUUCUCCCUGUUCAUUUCAUCUCUUUGCCGCUUUAAAAUCUGCAUUAUCCAAAACACAUUCAUUAUAGUGGUUUUCUUAUAAAUGUCCAUAUAAUCUGCAUUAAUGAUAUUUGAAAACACUAGCUCCUUUACAAAAAAAUAUAUAUUUGUUUCUGCUUGAAGAAGAUAAUUAGAAGAUGAUUAACACCAUCCUGUUACUUCAAAAGAAUGCAAAUCAUGAGGCAUGAGAACAUUUUUGUGCUAAAAUGUUUUGUUUGCUUAAUGGCAGUCACUAUUAGUUCCAUUGACUGCCCCCACACAGCAUACUGUGCGAUUUCAAUCUUGAUCUGUUAUUUUUUGGAAUGUAUGUCAGUGUUUAAGACUUAUAAAUAAGUGAACUAUUCUGGUAAAAUUAGCAGGGUUUUUUAAUUUAUAUAUAUUUUUUUUUUUUGCAAAUGCAGAGAGAUAGCUGUACCAUGUAACAUUAACAAGUUUCAUUUCGUCAGUCUAAGAAAAAUUCUCAAGCAUUGAUAGAAUUUGAGUAAUGAAAUAAGGAAGGAAUGAUGGGGGAUGCUUUCAGAUCUUACUUUUCUGGUCUUAGGAAAGAGAAAGCAGCACUACCAUUUCAUUAUUGGAAGGCAUAACUCUUUUUCUAAUGACACUGCUACUAUUUUAUUUUUUUUGACACAAGAACAUCAGUCUUACACACUUUAGCAGCUCACUUCUCAGGACUAGGCACUUCAGCACUGGCAUAUAGGAAGAGCACUAGGGGAAAAUAAUGCCUCGGAAAUCUGCAUGGAAAACAGUUUUAAUGAUCAGCACAUUUAAUGUCAACAUUACCUUUAGACUUGUUUUUCCUGGUUUGUUUGUUUAGUUGUUUUUUGUUUUGGGGUAAUGUUUUUGGGGGUAAUGGUAUAUAUAAAAAUAGUAAACUCUCAGGCUAUAUAACUUUAAACACUUUCAAAGUCCAUAGUGUUUCAUUCUAACACAGUGGUAUGUGUACAAGAGGUUUGGCUAGGCUGCCUCUGUUCCCACUUGGUCUGCCUUCUAUUUGCCAGAAGCUGGGGGGUGGGGAGGAGAAGAGAUUGAAGCAGGCUAUAUGUUCUUAUUUACAUGUGACUGUAAAGAAACCAAGACAAUUGGUUAAGUACAGGGUUUUGUCUUCAUCUUUAGUGAUACUGUUAGUACUGAAAUGUCUUUAAAAGGAUGCUACUAGUUUAUAAAUGUUUCCCAGUGUAUGAUCAAAGAUGGUACACAUCUCCCGGCUUUUCAUGUUUUUUUUAAUUCAAGGAGAAGACUAUGUACUUGUCCAUUUGUUAAUUGUGCAUUGCUGAUACUUAUUACUUGUUUUGUUGUUGAUUGUUAUUAAGGAUGGCACAUAGAAUCCUGCAUAGUUUUUAAGGUAUUCUUUUAUUCACAAGGUUUCCGUGGGAAGUGAUGAAUACAACACAGAUUUCACCAUAUACUGUUUUAUAUGUAUAGUGUUAAUAUCCCUUAUACACAUUUUUUAAACUGCAGAUAAUUACUAGGGGAAAUUAUUUCUUGGAGAUUUUUUAUGUUAGGCGACUUGCAGUUAGGGUACAUGAUUGGUUUUAGUUUUUUUCCCCCCCUCCUCCACAAACCUUUUGCUUUGAACUAUUACCAUGUGAAUUCUGAUUGACUCCAUAGCUUUUGAAGUAGCAUUGCAGCAGUUUCAGUUUCUAUCAAUCUGUAUUUAUCCUUCUGUUUGUAAAUCCGACACACACUUGAAACAUAGAUAAGGUGGAAUAAGAACAAAGAAUUACAUAUUUAUUUUUUAUGUCACUUAUUUCUUAAACGUUUUAAUGUCAUCUAUUUUGCUUCAAAUGUUUGUGAAGGAAAGUAAGUUUACUCUGGUGACAUAAAGGUUAUACCAAAAUGUUUACAUGUACACCCCUUGUCAAGUGGCUCCACUCUUGUUAUUUUGUCAAUGAGAAAUGGUGAGACAAUUUAUCCUUCAUGUGGGAACAUGAAAGAUCCACUAAUUUUAACGUAUCAUUAUUAUUGAGAAUUCUUAAUUUUUUUAACAUUUUAUAAUGAAAGAUUCAUGAAGUUUGCAAGUUUUCUAAUGAACGACAGCAAGACAAAGCAGGUUAGACACACUGCUUGCUUAAUUAUUAAAUGGAUAGGAUACCAAUUACCACACAUAUUAAAUGUAACUAUAAAUGAUGUGCAGUCAUUUUGCCCCUGCUUCUCUUUAUUCAGUGCAAAAAGUUAUUUAUGUACAGUCUAUGUACAGUCUAUAAAGUUAAGAAAUUGUGCACAUUAGCUUAUUGUGUAAUGUGUGUAAUGUCAAGGCUGUACUUGUGAACCCAAGUACUACUGUCUGCUUUGCAUUUGCAAUUUAUUUUUCCUUUUCUGACUUUUUUAAAAGGAAAAGGGUUUUGUUGUUUUGGAUCUGAAACAUUUUUCGCUUUUAUCAUAGCUUGAACAAUGCUAUAAUAUUGUUAUGAGUUAUUUCACAAAGUGAAAUCAUGUGCCCAUUAUAGCAUGCUAAAAACAAAUUUAUGGUGGUUUUUCCCCCAUUCACAAAUGAGUGCCAGAGCAGUAAAAAUAUCUGAAAUUUAAUAUUUAAACAGCUUCACUCUUAACACCAGCCAUCACAAAAUGCCUCAACCUCUGAAGAACAAAGAAUGGUUGUUAUUGACAAAAGGAGCUUAUAUAUGGCACACUUGAUUAUCUAGUUUAUGGCAGCAUCUGAGGGACAAAAGUGGAUGUUAUCCCAGGUAAUCCAAUGUGUUGGACAUAAGAUUUAUUCUUCAGCAUUGUGUUCUUUUGAUCCGUUCUUAUUAUAGCUGCAGUGAAUGUGCCUUGUUGACUAUUUGGCUUUUACAUGGGAUCAGCUUUGGGCCUGAAUUUGCACAAGGUAAUGAGCCUGAUAGAUUUAUUAGUGCACUAAGCAAUGCAAAAGGUCCCAUCUCUCCUUUUCAACUCUUCGUCAGUCAGAGAAUGCUGUAAAGUUUUGUUUCCCUGACCUUAGAAUUUACUAUUACAUUUAUUUGAGGAAACAGUAGAACACAAGGAGAUUGGAAAUGGUUGUGUUUUUUUCUGUUUCAUUCUAAUAUGGGUAAGGAAAAAGACUAGUAUUUGUUCCAUAAAUUGUUGUAAUUAACUUUUUUCUUCAUUGCUUGGUUGUUACUUUCUUUUUUUGUGGAUGGAAA